UUGACGGCCGGGACUCCAUUUUGUUGGGCGCUUCGCUGCUCGUCAGUCGCUGGUUUCCGCGGCUUCUCUGAGGAGAAAAGUUGAAAAAAGGGUGAAAGUUUGCCGAGGCUGUCGUGGGCUGUGUCGCUGAGCGCAGCGACUGUCCGUUUUGCCUCCCGCAGACGUUGGCGGCGCGGCUCGGAAGCGGCGGCGAGAUGCGGCCCCUGGACGCGGUGGAGCUGGCGGAGCCCGAGGAGGUGGAGGUGCUGGAGCCCGAGGAGGACUUCGAGCAGUUCCUGCUGCCCGUCAUCCACGAGAUGCGCGAGGACAUCGCGGCGCUGACGCGCGAGCGCGGCCGGGCGCACGUGCGCGAGCGCGGCAAGCUGUGGGAGAUGGACAAUCUGCUCAUCCAGAUCAAGACGCAGGUGGAGGCCUCGGAGGAGAGCGCCCUCAACCACCUGCAGAGCGCCGCCGACGGCGCCCAGGCGCGGCCCGGCCCGCGGGCCGAGCAGGCCGAGGAGAAGGCGCGGGAGAUGGCGAAGAUGGCCGAGAUGCUGGUGCAGCUGGUGCGGCGGAUAGAGCGGGGCGAGUCGUCGUGAGCCGCGGGUUCCAGCCGGUGAUUCUGGUCGAGUGAUGGAGAUUGGCCGACACCCCGGAGAAGCUGAAACCAGAGAGCCUUUUGUUUUCCCUCUUUUCUGUCUGCACUCUGUCCUCACUCACACUGCGUUUCUGCUAUGGUCUGUGGUUGAUGACCUCAAUAUGAGUUUAGAUUGUUAAAUGUUUUCGUUGGAGGAAGUAACUUUUGUUUGGAAAUGCUCUCACCUACAGGAAUUGGGGCCUAGAUUGUAAGCUCUUACGGCAGUCACAUUCGUUUAUGGGCUUUGGUUAUUAUUUCUAAAUUUUUGAGAUGCUUUGCUCUUUCUUGUGUGACGUGUUAGCUCCCUGGAACUUUGCGUCUGUGACAUGUGAGACUCAGAAUUGGGAGUCCUGCGGCUCUGGAGGUGCUGAAGGAGCUGCGAUCAUUCUAGAAGACGACUCCGUGUAGCAACUGUGGAGGAAGGGACCAGACUUCAACUGGGAAUGCCGAUGAGCCUGAUCCGGCAAGGACUGAUGGACCGGGAGGAAGGGGGGGGAUAGUAUUGUUUGUACUGGGAGACUUUAAUUCCUGUGUGAGACCAAAGGAGGAGAGACAUACUUUGUUCAAAAUUUAAAUUCUGUGUGAUACACCAUCUGAUCUAACCUGUCUGGUGUUUGUUUGGACAACCUAACUCAGCUCUAUUUCCAUGGGACCUAGAGGAGGAGAUGAGAUCUUAACAUUCUAUACAAGUCGGUGUAAUAGGGGGUUCUGGGCAUAAAACAAAAGCUAUUUGCAAAGGCCUUUGAGGAGCUGCGAAGAAAAGCAUGCAACUGUCUAUGCUGGACCUUAACUGGUCAGUGAAGAGGCAUCUUCAAAGUUCCUAUGUUGUCCAGGUAUAAGUUUGAGUAGCAGACCUGAUGAGUAUUUGAGGUCAAAACCCUACCAUGUUUAAAAAAAAAAAAACUUAACCAUGUUAAUAAACUUAUUCGUUUGCUUGAAAAGA